CAAGAACAAGUAUUUCGUCCCCCACGUAUACGUAUUAGAAAAGUUUCUCAACAAAAUCAUUCCAAUCCAAAAAAAAAAAAAGCAAAAACAAAAACAAAAAAUGGGCAUUGGGCCAAGCCGCGACGACCACAGAGAGUCAUCUUUCCCUCCACGACAUCCACCACCAAGAAUGCCACCUAUCAUCCCAGUCUCAAUUCCAGUCCCAACUCCAUUGCCCCCAGACCCACGUUCAGUCCCAAUUCCACUCGCUCGACCAGGGCCCUCCGUCCUACCAUUGCCAGCAAACCGCUUGGAGUAAUGUUAAGGUGCGGGUAAUUAAUGACUGCAUCCCCUUAAAAGAUUAAUAGAGAGUCAACUUUUACUGUUACUAAAAAAAAAGUAACAUGGUGAAUUAUGUGCUGAUUAAUUAAUUAUAUGUUGAGGCCUGGAGGUAAUAUAUAAAAUAAAUAAAGAGCUGUUCCAGCGCUGCGCUGGUUGUUAAUGUUAUGUCAGCAGCCGAUAUAUACAUACCUCGAGGCCAAAAAGAGUAUGUUUCUGUAAAAAAAAAAAUUAUGCUGUAAUGUAUUUCAUGAUGAGUAAUAAAGAAUAUAUACUAAUUUGGUAA